AUGAUUUUUGAUGCGAAACUGUAUUCGGAAUGCUAUCCCACCCACUAUAAUUCUCAUUCAGGUCCUCAAGGCCCACCAGGAGUUCCAGGUCCCCGCGGUGCACGAGGUCGCCGUUGCAGAAUAGGAGCGCCAGGUUACCGCGGUCGCCGUGGUCGCUCAGGCAUACCUGGACAAAUAGGAGCUCCUGGAAUAAGAGGUCCUCAAGGAAUCCCAGGAAGGGGCCUUGAUGUUAAUGUUACGGAAAUUGAAAAUCUCGUUGAAAGAUUGAUGAAGUACAAUCCAGAAGAAAUAACCAUGUUUGGUGAGUAAAACGUAACAAACAUAAAUAUAAAUUAACAAGAAUUAACGGAGCUGAUUAUUAAUAAGUAAAUCCACCCUCGUCAAGUAGAGUGUUGAGCUAACGUUCAAAGAGCUAGCCCUUGAUCAGAAGGAAUUAAAGGAUUGUGAGUGUAAUUUAAUCGUGUGGUUUUUAUAUGGAAUGGUGCAGGGGGAAACAGUUGGUUUCUUCAACAAUCAUAUUCUGCUUCUUCUUAAGCUGGGUUAAGACGUUAAUCUUCAGAGCCGAAAACCUUUAAACAAGUGACAUGCAUAUCUGUUUAAUUUGACGAACAGCUCCUCCUCGUUUUACAAAGAAACCUCCGUCUUCCAUUGUCAUCAAGGAUGGUAGCAACAUGACAUUCAGUUUUUCAGUAUCCGGGUACCCAAAACCCAAGCUAACGUGGUCUAUGAAAACCAAAACCCAAGAAAACCAAACGCGUUUCAGGGUACUCGCUGACAAGUUUGAGAUGAGCGAUGUCCGCUUUGAGGACGAGGGAUUAAUUACAAGCCGCGCCGAAAAUAUGUUUGGUAUUCAAGUGACCGAAGUAAAAAUAACUGUUAAAGGUGAGUAGGCAUAAAUUAAGCGUGUGACACUUGAUGCAGACAGUCAGUAUAUCCUCAUGGCUGCGGAUUGUUUCUCCUAAGAAAUGAUGGCAUUUUCAGCACGUUUAGCACGUUUUGUCCUUUUAUGAACUCCUUCGUGAUUGUCCAGAGACUUACGACUGCCACUUCUUUAGGCAAGAUUUACCCCGGCGCUUCAUUUUGUUAUUAGGGAGCUUUAGCAUCGACGACGGCGACAGCAGCGAAAAGGUCACUUUUAAAAUGAAUUCGCGUUUUUUCAAACUUUUUCGCGUUUAUUCCAAUUCACUGAAAAUGUGAAAUGUGAGCGAAUUUCCUUGGAGUUGAUUUCUGGGGGACCGGACUCACGCUUAGAAAGAGAAAAGAAAAUUUGUCGUCUCUUGUUUACGUUCUCCAUAAAUCGUGAAAGUAGGCAUUUUCGCGUCGACGUAGUCGUGCAGUGACGGCAAAGAAAUGUACAAAAAAGUGUGAUGCACGUGCAAAGUUGUUGUUUUGCUAAUCAAGCCUAUUGAUUUUUUGCCGUUCUCGUUGCCGUCGCCGUCGUCGUUGCUAAAGCUCCCUAUUCUACCCUGCAGGUGCGCCGAGGUUCCCCAAUUCUCCUCCUGUACAAGUGCAUGGCUACUUAGGUAAAGAAACAAGGAUUCAAUGUGACCCCCUAGGGGACCCCACCCCCAAGAUUGAAUGGACCAGAACUCCCUCAGCACCACUCCCUCGAGGACGCAGUGAGGUCAGACAAGACGGACUUUUUUAUUAAAAACACAGAGAGUGAAGACGAUGGCAUCUACACAUGUAUCGCGGCCAACGAAUUUGGAAGGGUCAUUCAAGGGGCAUACCUCAAAGUCAACUCAUUCAGUAAGUGAUAAUGUCAAAAGCCCGUUAGCUUUUCCUUUAUAUUCGAACUCAUCAAGUAAGAGGAUUUCCUUAAUUAUUAGGUUUUAGUUUUGUGCUCUUGUAGGCUUUGUUAACUUUAAGUUCUUUUAAUAGCCAUAAUGGCUCUUGCAGGCUUUGUUAACUUUAAGUUCUUUUAAGAGCCAUAAUGGCUCUUGGUACUUUGGUUCUGUCGUCGGGUUUGUUUUCGUGACUAAUCGCCAGAAUAUGCUUGAUGCUUGUUUAUCCAAGUUAGACCGGGCUAAUUUUCCAGUGGCUAAGCACUUUUAACUGAUGAAGUAAAUAAUGUUACUUUUUUAGUAAGAGUGUUUAUAAACAUGGAUUUUCCCAUUAAAUUUCGGAAUUAUAUGUAAGAGGAUAUUUGGCAAAACUCAAUACCAGGCAACAGCCACUGUUCGUUUAAGGCUGGAUCAGUGCAUAAAAUUGAUGAUCUUAAUACGCCUACAAUAUAAUAGUCUUAAGUACACGGCUUACAUACGUUAUAUCAAUACCCAGAACCACCUGCGUUUACCACACCAGGGAAUCGGUCCGAGUCAACUGUUCUGCUACAGGUGCUCCUCUACCAAACAUCAAACUUUCCAUUCAACCGGCUCUGCAAGGUCAAAUGCAGGCUGAAAUGUAAACCGGAAACGUUGAGACCCGGAAAUAGGGAAAACCGGAAAUGCGGAAAUCCGAAUCAUCCGGAAAUCGGCAAAUCUGAAAUCAAUCAGGAGCCGAGGGCAAUUCCAACAAUUAGAGACAGCUGCAUUCGUUUAGGGCUUCUUUUCGACGUUGAGACACGUAAAAGGUAAAACCUUCCAAACCGGCGUAGCUGUUUGAUUUUCACUGAACUGAAACGCAGUUCCACGAUCGAUUGCGUUUGGCAAAUAGGUUCCAUAAGAAACAGUAAAUAUCAUUAACCGGUUACAAACAUUCUAUGUGCGCUAACAUAUCACACUUGUGACUAAUACUUUACAGAAGUUGGCUAUAUAUCGAAACUGAAUGCGUCGAGAUCUAGGAAACCGAGCCAGCUCGGUUGUCUGGGCUUAUUAGUAUAGACGGUCCUUGAUAGUCGCUUGUUAAGAGCGGAUAAAUAGUCCCGGCCGGUGAGUAAGUUCACAAGAAACCGAUCAGGGAGGGGAAGGCUUGAGUGAAUGGGAGAAAGCCUUCUUCAAAUUUUACUGAUCCUCUUCCUGAAUCUUCUCCCAUCCCUCUGACUCUUUUUCCAACAGGAACUAGAUUUUCCUCCUCCGUCUCCUCCCAAACUUUACCUAAUUCAUUACUGGCACUGACUAAAAGAUUGACCAAUAUUUCAUUCAAACUUCUAGUAAAUGCGCUUUUGAAACUGCUGGUAUGCGGCCAUAUUUGAAUCCCAUGCUGAAACUACCGUAAAAUUCCGAAAAUAAGUCCCUCCAUGUAUAAGCUCCCCCAAACUCGUAACACAAAAAACCCUCCGUGAAAUCGCCCCUCCCAAAAUAAGCCCCCCGGGGUCUUGUACUUGGAAAAUUGCCCUCAAAUACAAAGUAAAACAAAGCAAAAACGGUUAAUUUCUUUCCAGCUAUAAGCUAGCCCAAUCGAUUUUGAAACGCAAACUUCCCUCCUUACAUAAGCUCCUACGAAUAUAAGCCCGUCCAAAAAUAAGCCCCUCAUAAAGGGCCUUUGAAAAAUAUAAGACCCGGGGCUUAUUCUCGGAAUUUUACGGUAUGUCACGUUUCGAGAUAAAUAGCUGGGUAAGAAAGAAAACAAAACAAAUGUCCGGAGGUGAGACUUGUCCGAGAAUGAAAACAUCAUCUUUAAGCAGAUUUCGUUUUGGGUCAGAAAACCAAAUUUAUCGACAAAUGUAGGAUUAUUUUUUCGACCAUUUAACGGUGUUUUGUAGCUAAUCUUAAAACAAAGUGUCUUAGCGCCUUUCUUGGCCAUAUUGCAUCGGAUUUUUGGUCUACAAAAAGGGUCGCCCCUAGGACUUGCCAAUAGUGUUACCAUUCGGUGUUAAUAUUGGUCUUAAGGACUAAACACGCAUACAGAAUUAAAUCCUUUCUUAAAGCUACUCUAGAUUAAAUGGGAGUUUCUUGUAACCAUACCCUAUAAUCCAAAUGACUUUCCUCUGCUCUUCUCCCUUUAUCCGCUAUCCAAGUUAUCCGUGAAUCAAAAAAAUGACUCAGUUAAGAUUGAGGCCCAUUUUUGGAGAAUUUCUGGAUGAUUCUUCGAAUGUUUUUAACGUAUAAAAAUUAGGGAGGAUGUUAAAAAUGUUGGAAAAGUUGGUAGAUAUUGGAUUUGGGGGUUGUUAGAAAUUAAAAUAUGAAGUGAAUAAUCAGAAGAAAAAUUAAUACCAGAGACUCCAACAAGGAGUGCCUCUGAACCCAUUAGCGGACUAACUGCGCUUUAUGUGCAUACCUUUUCUACUCUUAUUUAUUUCUUUCUCAAAUCACCAUCAUUUUCCCCGAAAAAAAAACAACCAGAAUGCCCCCUUAAAAAGCGACUGUUAAGGACCGUCUAUACUAAUAAGCCCAGACAACCGAGCUGGCUCGGUUUCCUAGAUCUCGACGCAUUCAGUUUCGAUAUAUAGCCAACUUCUGUAAAGUAUUAGUCACAAGUGUGAUAUGUUAGCGCACAUAGAAUGUUUGUAACCGGUUAAUGAUAUUUACUGUUUCUUAUGGAACCUAUUUGCCAAACGCAAUCGAUCGUGGAACUGCGUUUCAGUUCAGUGAAAAUCAAACAGCUACGCCGGUUUGGAAGGUUUUACCUUUUACGUGUCUCAACGUCGAAAAGAAGCCCUAAACGAAUGCAGCUGUCUCUAAUUGUUGGAAUUGCCCUCGGCUCCUGAUUGAUUUCAGAUUUGCCGAUUUCCGGAUGAUCCGGAUUUCCGCAUUUCCGGUUUUCCCUAUUUCCGGGUCUCAACGUUUCCGGUUUACAUGUCAACCUGCAUUUGACCUUGCAGAACCGGUUGAAUGGAAAGUUUUUUCGAGGUUGUAGCUCUGAAAUCUCAAUUUUCUGAUCCAAAAUGAGACCUGCCUAGUUGAUUUUCUGAUUCUGGAACAAACUUUCACCUCUGAACGGUUGUUUUACCGAGCUAUUUAGCUCGAAACGUGACACAGUUUCACCUGUUUGGAGCUUCGGAUUGUUAGCAUGGGAUUCAAAAAUGGCCGCAUACCAGCAGUUUCUAAAGCACAUUUAGUGGAAUUUUAUGGAGUCCGGCAUCUCAGGGAUUGGAAUAUGGCUCAAUUUGCGAGUCAGUGCCAGUAAUGAAUUAGGUAAGCCGUACUUUUGACAAAAUCUGCUUGAGGUAGAUGCGUUACGCUAAAUCUGAAAAUAUCGUAUUAGCUCGCAUACGCGUUGGUACAAACCGUCAUAACUUUUAAAAUACUGAAAUCGUACAUGGGGUUUUGUAUAUUGUUGAUAACAGAUGGUCUAUCUUUGCGUCUAUUUAGUUUAGAGCUUUCAACUAUGUCCCAAAAGUCAGAAAUAAGCUUUUAAAACAGGGUAACUUUUGGCCUUCCGCUCCAAGCCAAUUAGUUGGGGUCAUAGUUUGCUUGAUUUCGUCUUUCCAGCUAAACUUAGCGGAUAACUAUUACUUUCAGGAAAAACUAGAGAUGUUUACCUUUAAAUAGGUAUAAAAUUCAUUGGUAGAUGGUGCAAAUCAAACAUUUCACAGCGCCGCAAAAACUGCCAAAUUGUCAGUUUUCAAGACGUGCAAAAUGGCCGUGGCGGGACAAAAUACUCGGCACCCCCCAGCGCGGCCAGAAAAUUAUUUUGAAUCAAAGCAAACCUAUUUUAGUUAUAGUCUCGAUAAAGCCUUUCACUCGCCAGCGUUUCAGACAAAAUUAUUUUUCACGCGAAAUUGAGUGGGCGGUUUUUACUGAGACAGCCUCUUAAGUCUCUGGCGAAACCUGCACUAUUUCUACUUACAUUUAAUGCUUCCUUGAACAACCAUUGGAAGAGGACCUUGUUCGUCAUUGUCACUUACAUGUAAACAAUCCUUGAGAUGAGCAGAAGAUCAGAGAUAACGCUGUUUUUAUUUUUCUUUAAAGUCCUCUCCUAUCUACCCGUUCCACCAUAGAAAGGAAAAAGUUAUCUUGAUUCAUCAUAGACUGGUUCUGUGACGGAAAUUUACAUUUUUGAAAUAAUAGAGUAUAUACAACGAGAAAUUUUUUUGGUAUUUUUUUGUGGUGCCAGAACCGACAAAGCAAGCAUUUGUUCUGUCCUUCUUAAUCGCCAAAAUCUGUAAACCGAAUUAAAUUACAAUAGAUACGUUCAAGAGAAAAAACUUGCUCUCGUUAGGCUAUGGCCGGAGAACCUUAGCGAACUGAUCAGCCCACAUAUGGCUUCACUCCCGUGAAUCGAAACCGAGCGAGAUUGAUGGAAAAAGAAGUCUUAUCACUGAGUCAUGACUCCUUUAAUUUUUUUUGCAUAUUUGUCAAUCUAAGAAGUUUAUACUAGAUCAGAACCAGUUUAACUGUCUUGGCUGUUUUUUAGUCUUACCCAGCUGCGGUGACCCAGGCAAACCAAACAAUUCAGCUGUUGUUAUUCAGAGCCAGAACCACUGGGCAGCGCAAUAUGUCUGGUACUUUUGUAAUCCAGGAUACACUAUGAUUGGUCCAGCUAUCAAAAGAUGUUUUCCAAGCGGAAAUUGGACUGGAUAUACACCAAGAUGUGAGUGAUAAAUAAAAUAAGAUUGAUGAGCAGCGAUCUGUACUAUGAGACCCCGCCUAUACGUCGAACUUGUAAAACUGAUUUCAUUUCAUGUCUUCCUUGUUAAUUUGAGAUAUUGUUUCUGAUUAAAUUCAGUAAGAAAAAAUUUUACAUACUAGACCGUCAUAGGGAGGGGUGGGAGGUUUUGAGCCAUGUAGCUAUGGUAAACAGCGAUUUCUGGACAAUCAGGUACUUAAAGGGGCUAUGUCACCCAACACGCAUGCGCGAGCCAAUGAAAACAAACUUGAAAAAGACAGCCCAACUUUUUCAAGUUGUGUCGGAGAUUUUGGAAGGCUGUUUUUAUCUGUCUAAAUCUCAGCCAUCGUUCGAUAGUUAGCGAAGUUUUGCAUUAAGAAUCAUUCUAUGGUGAUUACAGAACAAUUUUUUGGCGUUAUUUUUAAAAUUGUUUGCCUGUGGAAUGUUUUUACGUGGAUUUACUGUGUCCUCUUAUCAGCGGCCGUUGUAAUGGCAGAGUUAAUGACGGCUACUCCACAAUGAGUGAUGGAAUCUUUGAUGGAAUCUUCCCUAUAGUUCACAGGACCUUUCUAUUGAGUUAUUUUAGAGGCUGCUGGCUCUUGGAUUUUUCUUGUGCUCAAAGUAUGUGGACAUAUAAUGAAGCGGCUAUCGAGUUGGCGGCGGCCGUUUUUUGUAAACGAUUACAAGAGCAUCAGGCCAUGAGUUUCGUGACGAAACUAAACUCCUGGCGAAGGAAACAUUCUAAAAUUCGGCUAGAUUCCUUCUUGUAUUUAUCUCGAUUCACGGCAAAGAUAAACACGACCGUUUGCUCGUCCAGAUUGUUCUCAACGGACUUAGAGAGGCACCUUAGUACGAGUUAGAUCCUGUAAAUGCCAUGUUUUUGAACUGUUUGUGUUGGAGCAUAAUUUUGGAAAAUAGCAGAGUUUGCUUUCCCUUUUUAUCAACGGACUGCUUAUAGUGGAGUAGUAUACCAAUGAUGCUGGGUUCUGUUUUUCUCGACGUCUCAGUGAUUCGGCACGAUCGAACAAUUUUGCGCGAUAAUGUAUGUUUCCCUAAGAUCAAAACAAAGACUUGGUCUCUUGUUCUAUCAGCAUCUAAAUUAUAAAAUCAAUAGCGACAGACAAGUCUAAUUGUUAGUGAUUUGAAACAGUCUUGGUCUUUAUCUUCGGUCUAGCGUCUUUUGUAGCUCGUUUGUAAAAUACAACUUCCAUUUAUUUUGUUGAAUAAGACAAUAUGUUGUUGUUGAAUUUUUGUUUGCGCUCUAUUUUAUGAAUGGCAUGCGUUUUUACUUCAAAACUACAAGUAAAAUUGUCGUCGCAAUUUUAUUCUUGAUCUAGCAUAACCAGAGAAGAAACGUUCCAUAAAUUCUAUCGAAAUAUCCCUUAUCUAAACCCAUUUCGCUAAACCUCUCUGAAAUUCGGAACCUUGGACGUGACAGAGAACAUGAAGAAAGUCACGCGUUAAAAACGAUAGAAUUUUGACAGUUGAAAGUAAUUUGCAUAACCUCACAGCGCACAUGGAGAAAGUCACGCGUUAAAAACAAUAGAAUUUUGACAGUUGAAAGUAAUUUGCAUAACCUCAGAGCGCAUGCUCUCCAGCUGACAUAGCCCCUUUAAGUUAUGCAUAGUGGUGAAUUGCGGAUCCAAACCCUCGAUAGACUAUAUAUAAUCAAUUCUACGAUAACUUUUUGCCUAUAGAAACUAAAAUGUGAAUGGACAAUAUACUUGAUGAGAUGCCUCCACACAGCAAGGGCGAAAGCUGUGUUGUUUGUUUAUAUCCUUGUUGUUAUUCAAGAACAUGAUGUUCGCGAUUCUUGUCUAUAUAACCUGAGUGUCGAUGAGUGCUCUGAACACUGGCUUUUUUUAAUUCAACAACAAUAGCUUAAUUAAGUCUUGUAUAAAUAACAGCUAAGAAAAGUAAUUUAAAAUUAUCACCUUCAGGUGAAUGAUGUGGACCAAUGACAACUUGAACUCUCGGAACGGUUGAAGUUAUUCAUUCUUUAGCGAAGGGAGCCUUAAAAGCCAUCGCCCGGUCUGAAUAGGGUAGAGUUAAUAUGCAGAAUGGAUGACUUUUACCAUCCUUUCACCCUAUUCUUUAGGUACGGAUAAGCUGGAAUGUGAGCGAUAUUGGACCAUAGAUGACCCGACAAGACGUUAUGGUGUUAGGUCAGGACAAACCAAGAGCGACAACUAUCAACAAAUGCAAUUUGCACGUAUACGUCCGGCUAUUGUUUAUAUGUGAUGCUUUAAAUGCCGGAUCAUUGCAAGGAAGUCAUCCAUCUGUUGAGGAAGGGGUGGUAUCUCGGAAAGUGUGUUUCGGUUAUUAUCAAAGUCGUUACAGAUACGGCCAGAAGCAAAUUAACACCUGUUGUAAGCAAAGUAUAUAUAUAAAGGUUCGCAACUGUGGUUCUUUCUAUGUCUACAAACUGAAGCCCACGCCAUCUAAUAGCCGUUACUGUACGCAAUAUUAGGGAACUUAAGAUAGAGACGUUUUCGGGGCGACGGCAACUUCAACCGGACGUGACAUCAUCAUUUGUUGGAUAUUGCGCAUGCUCGUGCUCACCACCUUGCCGUCGUGGUCCCGUCGGCGACGUGAAACUGGUCUGUUUGGCGUUGUGGCGAAAACGUGAGUAUUCAACUUUCAUUUCAAUCAGGUUUGUUGCGUUUAGCAACCAACAUUUUGCAGAUUAUCGUUCUUAAAUUGUCCUUGUUUUCUUUGAGGCACAUUUCAAGCUCGAUUUCCAAGCUCUGUUAUCUAAACUUACAUCUUUGAAUGUUUCUAUGUUUUCAUGUCACAGGGUCAAGAUCCAACUUGGCAAACAGCCAACCGUAAGUGAGCUUGACAUGGGACAAAAUUUUCCCACGAGCCAAAUAAAAGUGUCCAGACAAAAAAUAUUAACUCCGAUAUUUCAAUAGUGUGUUUUUAGUUCGCUCUUUUCGUUAGAAUAUCGUAUAAAUGAAACGCAUUGAAAAUUAUAUAGAAUAGUCGGUAAUACCUUGUACUAACUCCGCGUGGGAAUACUGAAAUAAAGUUGUUGCCGUUGUUGUUGUUGUUGCAUGCAAGUAUUUCCCGGGAAUUAUUUCAAUACCAAACUAAGAAUACGGUUCCUUGGUAGCAUUUUAAUGUUCCUGUAAUUUGCAAGGCUUCGGCAAGCCUGUGGAGAUCAUUUUUUUUCAACACGAAAUUCUGCCUUGAACUCAGCUGCAUCCCGCAUGUUUUUUAGCGUGAACGGAUCGUAACUGUCCCGAGGAAAAUCGGGAUUUUUGGACUCAUAACUUUCCCACAAAACGAGAAACUCUUCAUCCGAUACAUGUUGUCUGCAUAGCAAUAUUUAUUCUCUUAAUUCUUUAUGUGAAGCCAUAUUUUCCUCUUCGGUAUUCUUCUAAUUAAAGGUGCCGUCCUUCUGAGUUCACUGCGAUCUUAAUGUUCUAUUUUUGACGGGGAGCGACGGCUGCCUUAGUUCCAGGCUUUCUCUGCCAGUCCGGUCGCCGUCGCCCCGAAAACGUCUCCAUCUUAAGUUCCCUAUUAACUGAGUCCACGGGAGGCGCAAGCUCAGUAUUAGAGUUUAGUCAUUUAAAUACAUGUGUAUGGUUUCAUAUUCAUGUGUAAUCCUUAAAAUGGCCGUGAACAUAAAGGAUUUGUAUGAGAAUUCAGGUAAAAGAUUCAAGAAGAUAGACACUCGCUAGAAUUUUCAAUAUAAUACACCUUACCUUAAUCUUUAAUCUUUAAUCAUUAUUUAUACACGGUAAAAAAAUCACCCGGUACAAUAAAUUCCAAUACAAUGACUAAUAUCCUAAAACCUAAAAAUCCUGAUCCAAAUUUUACGUUAACUUGCAACAAUAUGCCACUAAAAAACCUGAUUUCCAUGAGUGCCGUGUUUUUGAAAUUUUUGAUAUGAAAGCGUUUAAAUUAAUUUAAUGAACCAGACUCUCUAAUGUUACAGGGUAAGCUGUUCUAAAGGGUUGCGCCGCUGUUAACUAAAACUAUUUUUCAUGUAUUUAGUUAGUUCUUGGAAAGGGGACAACAAGUUUGUUUACCAAGUCCCUCAGAGAAUAGUUUGAUUCAUUUCCCUUUAUAAAUUUAGACGUGAGAUAUUCGGGAACCAGACCCUUUAAAGACUUGAAAACCAUUAAGACGUUCUGAAUUUGACGUUAUGAUUUCAAGUCUUUCCAGCUAAGUUUGUGAAACAAGGAGUCGACAUCUACAUCAUAGUUUGAUGAAGUUAUUACUCGUGCAGCACGGUUUUGUUGUAAUAAUAAUAAUAAUAAUAACAAUAAUAAUAUUAUGGUAGUAUUAGGUUUUUAUGGCGCAUUUAAAGAAUUCUCAAUGCGCUUUCAAUAGUAAAUAUUAGGUCUAAUUAAAACUAUAUAUUAUUAUAGUAAUGAUUCCUGAAAAGAAAAGCUUUCAAAUGUUGCUUAAAAGUGGAAACAGAUUCAGAGUUUUUUAUAUGAUCAGGUAGACUGUUCCAGAUUAUCGGUGCAUAAUAUGAAAGUGAGCGGUGUCCAUAAACCACGGUAUUAACAGAAGGAACUUGUAAAAGCAAUCUAUUAGAUGAUCGGAUUAAACGAGCCGACUGGUAUUUGAGAAGGAGUGAAGUCAAAUAGUAGGGAGCUAAAUGGUUUAAUUAACAAUUAAUGAAUGUGGCUGGGUAUCUUAUGAAGAAUUAUGGAGAUCGAGGAGGGUGUUAUCCGUCGAGGCCGUAUACGUAGGCCGAGGUGGAUAACACCCUCCGAGAUCUCCAUAAUUCUUCAUAUGAUACGAAAGCCGAAUUCAAUAACUGUUUUAUUAUUCAUUCGAAAUUAUUCCUAGUUUAAAAACAUGGCUAAAACAUGCUUACCUCCAUCGAUCCAUCGAUGUUAAGUUCAUCUUCGAUAGUGCACGUUUAGGUUUGUCCAGCUCCGCAAAUAUUCUCCAAAUAGCAGAUGUCGUCCUUCGAUGUUGUCUUCUUGCUGAUCUUGCCAUGUUUUUAGCUAUUUUUUCGCCUAGUUCUUACUCUUGAAACGAGUGAAAUGUCCGCCAUUUUUCAAGUUCACAAUCAAAACAACUCAACCUCGUCCCCAGGUCUUCUCGGUUAACGGUGCCUUGACCUGGGAAGACGCUGCAUUUUUGACGUCAUUUCCUCGUUAAACACAAAAUUCUUCCAAAUUUGGUCAUCAGUAACUGGUUAUGGUGAAUUAAACGUGUGCAAAUGAAUGAUAAACUGUUUUAAACGUUAAAAGCAAUAUUUUACCUGAUAGGAUUUUUUUUUGUUGCUGUUUUUGCUUGCUGUGUGGUUAUUUUCCCGAUCCAUUGCGAUUUAAGCGAUUUUCGAGGAUCAUUAACUAUUACUUAAGAGGUAGAAUUAUUAUUGUGUGCUCAGAAUAACUUUUUUUCUGGUUAUACCCUGUGGUGUAGACGUCUCUGGUCGAUGUAUAGUUAAAUGUAGAUUUCACGGAUGAUCGAUUUUUUUUGAAUUUUUUCUUUAACUGAUGUUUAACAGCUCUAACUCGUAGUUCGAGGAGGCCUAAUCUCUCAUAAGCUCCUAUAUUUUCUGUUAGGUCCACCCGCCACUUUUUUUUCUCUCUUUUCCUUUAUUUUUUGUAAUUAUUGUGUGGCAAAUGAAAUUAAAUAUAUAAAAAAAUAUAUAAGGGUUUCGCGGGAAAAAAUUCUCUUAGCAAUAAAUUGACAAUAACCGAAAUAAAUAAAAGCAUUUAUCGCACCUGCCUUUCGUUCAAUUUUUUUUCCCAAAAACUUUAGGAAAAUGUCAUAAUGUAUGCACUUUCAGCUUAUGUAAACAGGAGUCAUGAAAAUUCCGACGUCCCAUUCUCGCGUGAGUUUGUUUUUACGGGAACCUUUUCUUUCCAAUUUAUUAUUUUAAUUAUUUUUUCUGCAUUAGAAGAAAAAAAAAGGAGGCCAUCCAUAUCAGACGCCAGCGUACAGCCCUAAAUAGAAAUGGGAAUUAUGAACUUGCCGCGAUUUUUAGCCAUUUGUUGUCACGUGACUAAUUUACUAAUUCACGUGACAACAAGUGUUUAUCACUAUCUUCUCUUGCCCCAGCCGCCCACUUGUAAACUCCCUCGCGAGUCAGAUCAGGUGACAAAGUGUACAAUUUCUGAGUGGCAGAAUACUAACCUGUGUUUGAGCCGGCCCGCGCAUCACUUUCUAAACCAUUGGUAAAGUGUCCGCAGCGCAGGCAACAGAGUGCCAAUCUCAGUGCAAUGUAAAUUCCAUGACCGCAUCGCAUGAAGAAUCAACAGACGAGGAAUUUUUAACGAGUUGGCUGAAUGUGCCAAGCAAUUUCAGUACCCAGAGCAAAAUGAUUUUUUUGUAAGGCCCAGUUCAAAUUAACGUCAAUCUUUUCACAGUGUACCGAACGUAAUCCCUUUAUUGACUAAGGGGAUACAUGAAUUAAGAUCGAGUGGUCAACAAAGGAAUUUCGACUGUGGAUCGAACUUCUCAUAUGCCGAACCAAAUACAUAAAUUACUAUUAAAUAAUUUAUUUUCACUGCAGGUAAGCAUAGUAGACCAAUGAAUUUGGUCCGACUAAUUUACUCACCAAGGAGGCCAAACUUGUGUCAUUUUGGUAGACCAAAUCGGGUAUUAGGUCCGGUACAUGAAAAGUUGGACAUUUGAACUGGGCCUAACGAGGCACCAUAUGGUAACAAUACUGAUGUUUCUGGCUACAUUGUUUCCCUUUAAUUUAUAGCAUUUUUUUUACAAUUACUGAGCGAUCGAGUUGCCAGUUUCCGUUCAGACAUAUCUAGGUAGUGCGUCAGUGUUGCGAGUGUGCGUACGUGAUUACCAGCCCUGGCACUCAUAAACUAUAGAAAAAGCGCAAAAAUGUGGAAUUAAGCAUUGCAUUAGAAAAGUGCAGCAAAUUUUAGACCAUCGGCAUGAUUUUCUUUGAAUCCCAAUAUCCAUGACCCGGUGAGUAAUUACAACAUCCACGAUGGGAAUCAUUUUGAAUGGCACAGCAUAUCUCGUAACUCCCUAUUUUACCACGUGUUGCUAAUCAAAUCACUGAAAAACCCACCUAGUCCGUUUCCCUUCCCUGAUUUCAACUGAUAGUCCUGAUCUUGGUGCCGAUUUAAGCACCAAGGACGGUUGGGUAGAGGUGGAGGGGGGAUCGUGAAGAUGCCAGGGGGGUACUCGGGAUUUCAAGUGACGAGGAUGAUCGAAUGGAGCCAAAAGUCAAGACCCAAAAAUUUCCUAGGGCUUCCAGCAAAACCCCAAAAAAUCCCUGGACCAAAAAUUAACCCCCAAAAAAUCCCAUGCCGAUUUUGUGGCCCUUAAAAGUUCCAGAAAGGGGUAAUGGUAAAACACAAAGAAAAACAUUGGAAAUUGAACACUCGUGUUUGUUUAUUCAUCAUACCAUCUGAAUAUAUCCUUUCCCUCAUCUGAUUCUUUUUGAUACCCCCCAAAAAUCCCUACUCAAAUUAAGCUACCCAAGCCAAAUUUUCGUACCCAAAAAAAUCCCGGAAUCGAAAAUUUCAAACCCAAAAAAAUCCUUCGAUCAUCCCCGUCACUUGAAAUCCCGAGUACCCCCCCUGGGGUGAAGAUACAUUUGAUACUAUACUGAGUCAACAACUGAACACAGUCGGCCCACUCCAUUACAGUAUGGAUUAUUUGAAUCUAAGGACCUCUUGCCUCUGGGGGGGGGAGUACUCCCUUACAUUUAUAGGUAACGAAUGUGCUGCCCCAAUGGGUAUGGUUUUUGCGCCUUUUUGGUCUGAAAACGGGUAAAGACUUUGCCUGUUUUUGUCUGAAUUAGGGAAUGUUUUUAGAGGGAAUAAGGGAGUGCAUGAACGUAUUUGUCGUUUCAGUUCCAAAUGAAUAAGAAAGAAGGAGUAAUAUGCGAAUCUUUUUGUUCGCGUUCUAAUCUAAGUAAUGAUGACAUAAUUUCUGCCAACGUUAGGUCUGAAAACGGGCAUGGAUCGAAUUUUGGUUUGAAAUAUUGUCAAGAUUUGGAGAACUAGGCGGCACAUCCCCAGCACUAAUUCUUAAGAACACCUCCCACGGGUAGUGUACAAGUGUUUAUGAUCAUGCGAGAGAUGGAUUAGAAUGAAAAUACAAAUCUGUUGGGAAUUUGCUUCCAUUUAUUUCUUACCGAACUUGUAAAUAAUUGACUUACAAUAACUUAUUAUUGUAUGGUCUGGAAAAUUUUUUUCUUCAGGUCGUCGAUGAUGCAAUCAAUGGAACUGGAAGACUUGUCUGUAUGAGAGGUCAGUAAAAAUUAAUCCAAAAAGCAUCCUUGAUCGGCGUACUGGUCGACACAUCGGUAGAGUGUCUCUGUCUAAUGUCGGUCAAGUAUCAGUCACUGUGGCUGAGAGUUUCCAGUUCGAAACAGAAACGUUACUCUGAGGUUCCCUUUCAGGUCCUCAAGGCCCACCAGGACAACCAGGUCCACGAGGUCAUCGCGGUAAAACAGGACCACCAGGUUUACCCGGUCGUCGUGGCCGUCCAGGAAUGCCUGGCAAAAACGGAUCUCCUGAGAGGAGAGGUCCUCGAGGGAAACCAGGAAAGGGUUCCCAUGUUAAUGUUACCGAGAUUGAAAACCUUCUGGAAAUAUUGAAGACAUACAGUCCUGAGGAUAUAACGUUAUUUGGUGAGUACAAAUCCUUUCGAAAGAUAUUCGAGAUUGCAAAUCACUUUCUCUCGCGAUCCUUUAUUGUAGUAGUUAGUGAGUUAACUUUUUUCUUAUGUACACCCGACAGCUCCGCCUCGAUUUACAAAGAAACCCCCUUCUUUCAUUGUCAUUAAGGAGGGUGGUAAUAUAUCAUUCAGUUUUUCUACAUCCGGGAAUCCGGCACCCAAGAUCACGUGGUCUAUGCAGGGCCGCAGAGAAAGCCCAGCUCGAUUCAGGAUACUAGAUGACAAGUUUGAGAUGGACAAUGUGCGCUUUGAAAACGAGGGGAUUAAUCACUUGUCACGCUGAAAAUAUGUUUGGUGUUGAAGUAUCCAAAUUGAAUCUGACUGUUUUAGGUGAGUCAGUUGUUUAUUUCAAAACGUGGCAUAUCAAGAGUAGGUGACAAACAGGCAAUUUAGGAGGAAGACUUACCACAGUUAAUUACUGCUUCUUCUUCUUUUCUUUCCUUGUAGCUGUAACUAGCUAUUAAUGCCCGUAGGCCAGGAUGGAUCACUGAUGAGGAGAGAGGGAGAGGGAGAAAGAGGGGGGGAGGGGGGAAUGAGCGCACCGUAGGCCUCAGGUUUGUUAGUCAGAUGACUAUCUGGAGUUAUUCACAUAUAUAAGGACUCUUUUUUUAAGCAUCUUCAUAGCUCAGUUAUGUUUAAACGUGUGGUAAGUUAUCGUCUUCCGUCUUUGAAUACGUGCUCCUCAAUGACUUCACUGAAAAGCGUGUGUUUAACCUUUUUAUUGUCUUUUUCCCCUGCAGGAGCGCCAAGGUUUCCCAAGUUCCCUUCAGUAAAAUUGUACGGCUUCUUAGGUACAGAAACAAAAGUGGAAUGUGACCUAUUUGGAAACCCCACCCCUGAAGUUCAAUGGAACAGAUCUCCCUCGUCUCCUCUCCCUCCGGGACGUAGUCAGGUGAAAAAAGACGGACUUUAUAUUAACAACACGAAGAAAGAGGACGAGGGCAUCUACACGUGUCUUGCGACGAAUGAAUAUGGUAUGGUCAUCCAUGGAACAUACCUUAUAGUCAAGGCAGUGGGUAAGUAAGAACUAAUCAGAUUAACUGAAAAGGACCGCAAACGAAUAUGCCGCAGAACGAAGGAUCUCAGAGGAAGACCUGACCAGCAAUAAAUGUACCAAGUUAAGUCGGACUACGAAUGUUCCUUAAUAAUUUCUCAAGUGCACGUGCUAAUAUAGAGCUAAUACUUUGUCCUUUGGCUUACCACAUGGAAACCAUCUAAAGCUGUUGUGUUCUCUUUUAAUUAUAUUAUAAUGAAUAAUAAUGUUGUCAACUUUCGGAUUUUUAUAUAAAUUUAUCUCUUUUGAAAAUGCAUGUUGAAUAGCACACGAAACUUCAAGUUUAAACAGAAAUGCGGAAGUUCACAAUUUUCAUCAAUUUUGAUUUACAGCUAUUCAAGUUAAGCCGUUUCCGGUGGGGUUGGUAAGACUCCCCAAUUCUCUCUUCUACAAGCCACAAGUUAGUAAUUGGCUUUAGUUUUGGUACUAGUUCUUGCUACUAACGGGUUGGAAAUAUGAUCUCCACUCAGAACCUCCAGUUUUUACCGUAACACCACCUGAAGCAGUCAACAUAUCCAGUCUAGGGGAACCAGUCAGAAUCAAUUGCUCAGCUACAGGCUCCCCUCUGCCCAAAAUCACCUGGUACAAGAACAAUAUUACCCUACCUGCGGACAUUUACGUCAACGAUGACGAAGUAACUAGCGAGCUCGUGAUUGGUCAACGUAAGCCCUCUCUCCAGAUCACAUAUACGUGUGUUGCUCGUAACUUGUACAACGACGAACUAAAGACAAGCACAAAAAUAGGUGAGGUGUGCUUUUUAAUGCAAGCGUAGUCUUUCCGUCCUCUUCGCCACAAUUGGGAGAUUUCGGUACCCUACGAGAGGAGGUCCUUUAAUUGAUUCCUCUCCAUAAAAAUCAAGGUGCCUUGAUGAGAAGAUCACAAAACCCCGACUCGCAGGUUUAAGUCAAACAAGAGCUAUCAUUUGGGGCUACAUAAGUCCCCUUGCUCUUGCACUCAAUUUAUUUUUUCAACAUCACAAUAUCUGGACUAAGGAAUUUAAUCAUAACCAUUAGAAUUUCCUCAAAUUUGACUGGCCGUGCAUUAAGGGGGCUCUGCUUUCCCCUAAUCAUUGUAUAUAUAGGGUUGUAAUCGGACAAUGUAAUGGGACAGUUGGUUGUAAUCGUAUCGGACACCUGUAAUCGGACAGUUACAUCAGCCAAUCAUAUUAAGUGCACUCAGAUAAAUCCACCAAUCACAGAAGUUAUCACGAUAACCAUAGCCAUAACUACUUACCCUACCAAACCUAGCUUUUUCCAAAAUGGAUCUGGACGAAUUUGUAACACUAGUCAGUGUCUCCGCCAGUGAUAUUUUGCCUAAUUUUGGACAUUUGAUUCAAAUGCUCUUUCACGAAACAGAAUACAUUUAUUUUCUCGGAAAUUGUAACUGUUAUGAUUCAUUGGUAACAGGACUUUGUGUCGUCCAAUUCGGUCUGUAAUCAUAACCAAAAAUCGGAUUUUGUUAAUCACUCGUAUGACUCCACUCAGUCCUGUUUCCCUUAUAAAUCAAUAAAAUUUCCAAUAUAUCAUACAACUUAAAAAGAAGUGAUCUUUUCAUCUAAUUUUCUAGCAGUUACCGCCAGAAGCAAAUUCCCGGGAACAUUCUAGAAAUGUAUUAAUACCCGCUGAUCUACAGCUAUAGAAUUUCUCUAUUUACCACUAACGUCUUGACUGCAACCGUUCAAACGUUACUUCAAACCUUUUCUUUCUGUUUUCUAGUUUUACGCGACUGCGGUGACCCGGGAAAACCAGACAAUGCAGUUGCUGUAAGCCAGAGCAAGAAUUACUGGGCAGGAGAGUAUGUCAGGUACCUCUGUAAUCCGGGAUAUGCUAUGGUUGGUCCAGCGGUAAGAAGAUGCUUGCCCAGCGGCAAAUGGAGUGGAAAUAUACCAACAUGUAAGAGUCAAAGUUAAAAAAUUAAAUAUGUAAAACGAUGAUGAUAAUAAUGAUAAUGAUAAUAAUAAUAAUAAUAAUAAUAAUAAUAAUAAUAAUAAUUCCUCGCGAAGCGAGGCGCGGAGCGCCGAGCCGCGAGGUUUAUAAUCUCGUCGCGCGCGAAGCGCGCGUGUGUCACACAAGCAUCGCAAGGCCAGCGUGAUUUUCCCUUGGCUAUAAAUCUAUCGACUUUGGUUGGUGUCCGCCUUGACGUCAUCCAGAGUAGUGACGUCAAAGCGCAUUAUGGGUUUCCAGGCAACCGAUUGCCAUCGACGACAAAGCUCUGGGUUUUAUUCGUGAAGACGGGUUUUUUCAUCUGUGAAUUAUAACAAUGUUUACGGUCGGUGAGUCACCACCCAAUAUCUCAGGUAAAUAAAAGAGAACAGCAAACUCAACAACGGUGGAUUCAACAAGUGGCUGGAAAUCCUCGCUGGGAAAGAUUUACAAACAAAACUCCGCAAGAGCGAGGACGUCGACUUUAAAUUCAGAGAGAGUAACGGCACAGCGAAGGCAAACACUGUCAACUAGAGACAGAGGUUAUACAGCGACCACAAAAAUGUAAAGAGUUAGCAACAAAAUACUACAGUUACCCUUCAAAAGAAGCCGACGAAGAGAAGGAGCACCGACUGCCGACGUUUCAGUAUUCGGUCAAUAGAAUUCGCAAGGAGAGGCAAGUUUACAGUCAAAAUUAUCUUCUUCGAUGCAACGAUAGGAAGCAAGAAUUACAGCAUCUGUAAAAUCGACACGAGGAGUAUCUUUGCAUCGAGGACAGCCGAUCAGCCUUUUCACCGUUUUACAGUAAGCUUUAUUUUACAAUGUACAAUUUACAACGCCGAUAAUGUGUGACAUGUAGGGAAGCGUUACAUUUUGUAAACAAAAUCCUUACUGCGGGCAAACUUUUUCGUUUAAGCUUACAAUUUUCAAUCAAUUUCCUUCACAAGUAAAAUAUUUAUAUGUAUAGCAGCCUUAUUCAUAAACCUAGCUGUGUCUUUUAAGUCAAACAUGACAAAAAUUUGUUAUUGCUGGCCCCCUAUAUUUUUGUUCCUAUAUUAUUCGAGAAUAACAUCAGUAUUUCGGAUAUCCCCAGAAUAUUAGUGUGUGACACGGUUGCCAUGCCAGGAACGUUAAUUCCUUUCGCUGUUAGGGAAAAUUUAACAGGUCACUCAUAAAAUUUCACUCUUUCAAAGAAGUCAGACAGGGGUGACAUAUUCACAGAAAUAAAACAUUUGUUCCAUUGGCAGAUGAAGAUUGUUUGAAGAAAUUAAACGACAUGCAAGCAGAUAUUUAUGUAGGGUUUCCCAUAAGAUCAAUCCAUCCUGCACUUAGCUUUACAUUCACGAUAAAUGCAUGUAAUACAGGGAAAGUGUUCAUUUGCCUCGUCUCAGUCUGGGAAAUUAAAAAUCUAUGGCUCUGGCACUGUCUCAACAAGCUCAUGCAUGUUUAGAAUUGAGACCAAUGGAGAAACUGAUCACCUUCAACAUAACUUGUUUGUGGACAUUUCAUACAAAUUCACUCUUGCAUAGGGAUUUGUUUCUUAUGCAUGUACACGAAUAACUAUGAACACUUGCCUAACUGGUAAAAAAUUGGUACUUUUUACAAGGAUUCAGUUCUUUAAGGUGAAUGCCCACACAUACAAUGAUCAUAAAUCAUGAUCACUUUAGUAAUUCUCAUGAACAGCAUCCUUAAUGACAUUGCUACUUGUAAUUUUCUAUUUCAGUGAUUAUGUUUGCACUUUACUGUUACAAACAAUAGUUGUCAAGUGUGAUUAUGUACCAAAAAAAGUGCAAGCACUUUUAUAGCUGUAGUUCGCCAAACAAUAAUUUUUUCUCCAAUUAGCAGCAUGUAGUUGUUGUUUUCACUGCAGCAUCAUCUCCUAGAAUUGCCAUCCUCUCACUUCUAUGGACACAUUUAAAACUGAAUAUUAGCCGGCAGUUAUCCACUAUCACCCCCAUUUCCUUUUCACCAUAAUUACACACAUUUAAGAGGGUCAAAUGGAGUGAACAUGGGGGGAUGGGACCUAUGCAGCAUUCGCUAACAACAGCAACCCCAUUUAAAUCUCAGAAGAUCCUUUUGAAAGCCAGAGCACUAGGUUCAAAUUUAAUCCACAGGAGAUUAAGUACAUCUUAGCUUCCAAUAUUAGAUCCACCCUCCCCAGUUACAUGAUUUACUUCAUUUCUCUCCUGUCCUCCCACCCCUUAUGGGCUCCCCCGAGCUUCGCGAGGUUCUGCGAUACACGUAUUUCUAGUAAUAAUAAUAAUAAUGUUAGCAUCCCGUCUGUCUCGGGAGACAAUGUAAUCAGCGCCAAGGUUUAGUCAGUGGUUUAGUUGCAGCACCUUCUUUGGCUGGGGAACAAUCCAAUUCUGGAUCGGCAGGCUCUGUUGCAGUUGUUGCAGAUGAAUUCCGUGUAUGGCUCUUUGGGUACUGAUGCUGCCCAAAGCCGUCUGCGCUUCGUUUCUCUCCUCACACGCCUGAAAGCAAGCCUCCGGUGACUUCGGUCUACAGCUACAGCUUCCCAAGCUGCAGGGUUGAUAUUGCCUGCUUUCAGAUCUCGUUUACAAACUUCUAUGAAACGACGAGGAGGCCCCCUGCAGGUCUGGUUCCAGUGGCAUAGCUCGCCGUAGAGUACGUUCUUAGGGAUCCUCCCGUCCUGCAUGCAGCUGACAUGGCCAAGCCAGCGCAACCGUCUCUGAAUGAGCAAGGUGAACGCGGUAGCUACUCCCGCCUGUGCUAGAAAAUCAUUGUUUGGGAUAUUCAGGUAUUUAACGCCUGGACUGAGUGGUAUGAAUUAUUGAAAAUAACUUCGGCUUAGAUGGUUGCACUGAAUUAAAAUUUGGCACACGUGAAGAACUUGUUGUCCUUAACAUUUUAAAGUACAAAAAAGUAUUGUGUUAAUAAGUCACGCGAUACGUCACGUGACCAUUUUGCUAAAAUGGUAAAUUAUUGACUAAUUGGUUGCCGGUUUAAGAAAAGAAAUCGAGCAAUAACAUUUUUCUAAUUCAUAUUAAAUAUUCUAACACUUCACGUUUGGAAUGAGCGUCCAGUGCACUUCAAUAAAAAACAUAUGAGGGAAAACGUCAUUUUAAAUGCCCAAAUUUAAUCUUGAAUUAUACUUCGCGUACAUUCAUUCCAAACGUAGAAAGUAAGGUAGCUUAUCCUCUUUCAGAGAUGCCAAUUUGUUUAUCCACUCAAAGUAAAUUCUCCACCAAUUCGCCAGUUUUCUUCAUUUUCAACGUUAAGGUACAAGAAAACCUCAAGAUUUACUUUUGUUGAGAAAUCCAUUUUGUCCUAGGUCUCCUAGCGAGAGAUAUUGCUAGUCAUUCAUAUGCUCAGAACACACAUUUAACCCAGGCCUUAAAUCCCUUGAGAUAGCCUUGGCAGCUGAUGCCCAAAAUCCUUCCGAGACAGCGCUGGUGGAUGGUGUGGGGUCUGCGCUUUUGGCGGGAGUAGAGGGUCCAGGUCUCUCCCUAGAGCAACGUAGGACUGGUACACAAAGUCCUCCAUCACCUCGAGAUUGUAGUCGCCAAUGGAGAAGUUUGGGGCCCUGCUAAUAUCUUGGCCAAGGAUGUUGGUCUUCUUGAGACUGUUGGUGAGACCAAACCCGCUCGAAGGAGCUGGUAAGUCGCCUUAAAGCACCCUCAGUGUGCGUGGGCAGUUAGGACAGUGUCGUCUGCAAACAGCAACUCCCUUAUCAGUACUUUCCGAACCUUGGUCUUUGCUCGUAGGCGUGCAAGGUUGAAGAGAUGCCCAUCACUUCUGGUGUGAAGGUACACACCAUCCUCUGACUGUCUGAAGGCGUAAGACAGCAAUAGAGAGAAAAUGACGCCGAAGAGUGUAGGAGCAAGUGCACAGCCCUGUUUACUCUGCUCUUGAUUGGGAAGGGGUCUGAGGUUGAGCCAUCGUACUGGAAUUCAUAUACAUCUAUCACAUUCACCUCUUUAACCGGGCAGGAUUAGCUCUGUCGGUAGAGCGCUUGACUGCAGAACGGGAGGUUCGAUUCCCGGGACCGAACCAACACACAAGGUCUUAAAAUGACUGAGGAAUGAAGGUAUUGCUUUGCCUGCAAAUGGCUAGACCCUCGCGUGGCUCGGAUGACCACGUAAAAUGCUGUGUCAGUGACGAAGUUCUCCCUAUAGUGUAGCUCUUGGUAGUAUUCUGCCAAUUUCUUCAUCAGGUUGCCCCGGUCUGUAAUGAGACGCAGCCAGCAGUCGUUGGCGAGACGGCGAGCGUUCCUUUGGGCAUCGACUUCUUGACUUUCCUGAGUGUAGUACGUUAGUGUCUUAUCAGAAGGCUCCCUCCUGUAGUCGAGCACUGCUGCUCUCUUGCAAAAGUUGCGAUCACUGGCUCGAGCUUUCGGUAAUGCCAGCUUCACAGCAGCCUGUAAACAGUUUGUGUUCUGCCUCUUUUUCUUGCCAACGACGUCCAUGGCCGAACACGGAUAUGGUGCCAUCUUCCCCAGCGCUUCAUGUGGAGAAGUCCCUUAGAACCUCUUCAAUGGAGUCGGCGAAGCCCUCAUGCAGAUCUGGUAUUGCUGUCCUAGCCGUGUUGUAACCUGCGAUCAGGCGUUUUUACUGUUUUUCGGAAGAAGGACACCUGAUCCGAGGUUAGCGCUGUUUUGAUGCGUGGGCGUCCUUUUGUGCUAGGGUUGAGGGCGAACCUUCCUACGCAUCAGACAGUGGUCGGUGUCGCAGUCAGCGCUGUAGUAGCUGCGCGUACUGAGGACACAGUUAAGAAGGGGUCUUGAAGUGAUAAUAAGAUCCAGCUGGUGCCUGAGGCGGAAUCUGAUCUGGGGUGACGCAAGGAUAGUACAUGGUUAGUCUUGGUUGAGACGACGAUGUUGGUAAAGGAUAUUUCCAACCCGCUCAUCUGCUAAGAAAGUGUGCGUAUGGUACUUAAUGCCCUAAAUUUCCGAGUUCUAGAAACAAUCUCAUUUCAAAACGAGGCUAUGUACACUACAAAACCUUUCGUUCAAAAAGGAGUUUUGUUUGCGUGAAAGAAAAAAAAAUCAUUUUUAUAUCUAUGGCCUCGCUCUUAGACUCGCGUCGAAUAAAAGUCUUUCAUAAGUGACUCAAUAUUUAUUGAAAUUCAAUUCCCUUCAUCGACUUUAUUGUUUUGUCGUUUGUUUGUUUUUUCAGGUACAGAAAAACCUGAAUGUGAGCCUUACUGGACCAUAGAUGACAACACCAGACGGAAAAGCUUCACGGCGUCACGAACUAAUAAGAAUGACUACUAUUUGGCUGAAGGAUGGUACAGGUUUAUAUCAGGCAAACAAAUGUCCACAAGUUGUAGUUAUGGAAACAGCUAUUGCGAUACUUCAUAUGCAGGAUGGUUGCAGGGAAGCCAUCCGUCAGUAAAGGAAGGGGUGGUCUCUCGGAGAGUGUGUUUUGGCAAUACUGGUUCACGUGGUUACAGUAGUUACUGUUGUCAAUAUAGUACAUAUAUAAAGGUGCGAAACUGCGGUUCUUUCUACGUCUACAAACUGAAACCCACGCCAAAUCAGAACUGUCGUUAUUGUACUGAAUACUAA